AUGGAACAAAAACAUCUGGAUAAAGUUUCACAUCGAGAAGGAUAUUAUUUAACAAAUAUUUUACCAUUUCGAGAUGUUUGUAAACAUGUUCAUGCAGCACGUCUUUCAGUAAUUCCUGCCGAAAAUAAAAAUAUAUUAAUAUAUGAAGGAGAUACUGAUAUAGCAUAUGAUGAAAUAAUCAGACCCUAUUAUUUACAAGAUAAUAUUUCUGAACGUAAUUCAGAUCCUUUUAAACCACCAGAAUUGAAACAUAAAACUAAAAAAGGAGCACCAUCAAAAGCUGUGACGAAACCACGUAAACCAUCACGGAUUCUUCAAACCCUUCAAUCAAAUUCUCAAAAUGAAACCAAUUCUUUUGCUUCAGAAAAAAGAAAUACUAAAAGAGCAAGAAAAAAUCUCCGAAAUACAAAU